UUGUGGUCUUUGUUUCGUGAAGCUUCUCUUUUCUUCUUCUUUUAAGUCAUCAAAUCUGAUCUCAUCUCUUGUGAAUUAAUAAUGGCGAGUAGUUGCGAGCUUUGCUGCGAGAUCAUCAUCGCCAUCCUUCUUCCUCCUGUUGGAGUUUGUCUCAGGCAUGGCUGCUGCACUGUUGAGUUCUUCAUUUGUUUGGUACUAACUUGCUUAGGGUACCUACCGGGAAUAAUAUACGCGAUUUACGCUAUUUUGUUCUUGCACCGGGAUGAGUACUUUGAUGAAUACAGACGCCCAAUCUACUAUGUUGCUUGACCUUGUGAUUCUGAUUCAUCCAAUGAAGCUUCAUUUAAAUUUAGUUGAUGAUCUAAAGUAUAUUUUACAGCUACAUGAUUUUCAUAUUAUUAUUUUUUGACAUCUACAAAUUUCCAUUUAUCAUGAAAUAGGAAAAUGUUAUAACUUAUAAGAAUCAAAACACGUUGAUUUUUGGUUAAAAAUUGA